CCACUCCGUGUCAAAAAACUGGCAACACCUUUCUCUCCGUCUCAGCUCCCCGGCCCCCGGCGGAGUUCCACAUUUCGAUGGGCUGACUGCUCUACCUCCCACCCCGAUUCCCCUCUCAGUGUGCUAGCCGCUGCGGGUGCUAGUGCGCUUAACAACCCAGUAAAGAAGCGCUCUUACGUUCUCGUGAAGAGCGAUCUGGAGCCAGAUUAAUAUCCUUUGGAGCUUGGAACUGUCGAUUCCAUAUCUCACACUCAUAUACUCGAAAGAACUCUCGUACAUACGCACAUACCCUUCCGCGAAGGAAAUUCGACUUCUGACGCAAAUAUCAGAGAUGUCUGUUACUUCUGUCACCGCUACUGCUACUACCACCAAGCCUCUCACCAUCAAAAUGCCUGCCGCCAUUCCCUUCGCAAGAAUCAUGUCGACGGUUGAACAUCACAACCUCCGGUUCGUGAUCCUCGAUUGCCCCACGGCCAACACUCUGCCGCUCUACCUUCAGGAGCUGCAGCAGCGAGGCGUCACCGAUGUCGUCCGGCUCUGCGAGCCCACCUAUGACAAAACCGUCCUCGAAGCCAACGGCAUCCAGGUCCACGAUUGGCCCUUCAAGGAUGGCGGUAUCCCUCCGCAAAACAUCCUGCACAGCUUCCUUAGUCUGUGCGAUGAGCGCUUCGGCGGGCUUGUUACACCUCCCAAGGACUACGUCGAGGGGACCGGCCCCGUGAUUGCCGUCCACUGCGUCGCUGGGCUAGGCCGCGCACCCGUUCUCGUCACCGCUGCCCUCGUCGAAGCCGGCAUGGUGCCUCUCGACGCCGUUGAGUUCGUUCGUCGUCGUCGCCGUGGAGCCCUCAACUCUGUGCAGUUGAGCUGGAUGGUGGACAGCUACAAACGCCAAUGGAAGCGCUCUGCCACCAAGACGGGCAUCACGGGCAUCGGCAUGGGUUCCUUCUUGACCAAGAAGGCCGCUAACAACCAUACCGAUGACAUUCCCCUCGGAUCGACCACAAAGGCCGACAAGGGGUCCGCGCCAUCCACCAACGUCUCUCUGAUGGGCAAUCUCGGACGCCGCAUGUUCAAGAUCGGUCGCUCCCGCGCUGCUACCGAUCAAGUUGCGGUGUAAUGGCCUUGUUUCCCCCCCGCUGUUGAACUUUUGAAGUUUAGGCUGUCACUUCGUGUCGAUCACCCACCCCUUACUUUGUGUAGUUUUUUCCCUUCUGUCUUUUCUGAUGAUCGGGCCUGUAACGCGAUAUCUGCCCUCAUAAUCUUUAAUGAAGAAGCUUCUAUUUAUCUGCUGGAAGGUGAACGUAUAUCUGAGCUUGAUAAAUUUUUGGUAAAAUUGGGAUCUGGCAGAACGGUCGAUGCAUACCCAGUCAACGUCAUAGUGAUCAAAG